AUGCGGUCAUAUCGGGCCCGACAAGCAAUUCAUGAGAAACUAGGACGUCUAUUUAAAGGAUUUGUUGGUGGUGUUGGACCAACUGUUUUGCCUCAUCAUGUUGUUGCUGCUCUAACUAAGCGUUAUGGAAUAAAGGUAGAGUAUUUGAAAGCCCAUCGUGUGUUAAAGUAUGCACAAAAAUUGGUAAGAGGAAGUUCAGAGAAUGGUUAUGAGGAGCUUCCAUCGUACUUAUACAUGAUUAGACGGGCUAAUCCCGGUACGUUUAUAAAGCUUGAAGUUGAUGAAGAAGACAAGUUUAAAUUUAUGUUCAUCGCUUUUGGUGCGUGCAUACAUGGGUUUCCGUUUAUGCGGAAAGUUGUGGUCGUUGAUGGGUGCAUACAAAGAAAUUUACACCGGGUUAUGCCCGAUGAUAAAGAACUUGCCAUCAUUUCAGAUAGGCAUAGAGCUAUUGGAAAAGCCAUUGCGAAGGUUUACCCACUUUCUAGUCGUGGUAUUUGUACUUUUCAUUUGCAUAAGAAUAUUGUGGAGAAGUUUAAAGGCUUGGAUACUUUCAAACUUGUGAAGAAGGCGGCCACGGCAUAUAGGCUUGCAGAUUUUAAUGCUUUAUUUAGGCAGAUACAAGCUUGUAAUCCUGGUCCUUAUAACUACUUGCAAAAAGCGGAUCUACGUAUGUGGUCUCGGGUGCAUUUCUCUGGAGAUAGGUCAGAGUUUAAGAAGCCAAGCAACUGGAUGUUCAAGAGAUAG